CAAGAACCUUCAAGUGGUCACCACGUCGAUCCCAUUUCCAUUGGCGGCUACAUCUCAUUAACAGGUAUAACAGCCACUAUAAUGGAUUCCAAUCUAGCGGACGCCCUUACAUUACCAUUCAUAGAUACAACAAAAGGUCUCCAAUACCGCCUUUCAAACCCAGACGGGCAAACCUCCCUUCGCACGAUAGAUAGUUCCUUCAUAACGGACCGGAUUUUCCAAGUCGGGCUCAAUAAUCCCAAUCCGACAUCCGAGCAACUAAGCUUCGGACUACAUUUAACAACCACCCAGCUAGAAAAGCCUCUACAGAAAACUUUCCCAGAUGAAGAGGACUUAGACGAAGACGACGAGUCCCCGGAUAGCUUUACCGUGGUAGUUGAGGAUAUCAACAAACCCCUAUACGGCAAUAACGGAUCAGUAGAUCCAACCACCAUUAGUCACGAUAAUAAGGUUGUUGGCUUUAUAUCAGCCACAUUCUCCUCUUGGAACUCUCGCUUGGUCAUCAGUGACAUCGAGAUCGAUCCAUCGUACCGACGACAGGGAAUAGCGCGGAAUCUGAUCCGAUUCGCAGAAAGCCUCGGCUCUUCCAGAUUCCCGGUCCGUCAAAUGUGGUUGGAAGUUUCGAAUGUUAACUACCCUGCUAUUCGGAGUUACCUGAGGAUGGGGUUCAAGGUGGCUGGGUUGGAUGUCGCGUUGUACGUGGGUACCCCGGCGGAGGGGGAGUUUGCGAUUUUUAUGUGGAAGGAGAUAGUUACAGGGCACUGAGCAGGUGUAAGGAUGGUUAUGGUUUAUUCCGAGGGUCUAGAAGGUGUUGGCUCAUAUUACCAGGAUAGCGAAUUAGAUCAAAACCCUUUGCGGCUCUGGCAAUAGAUGUAGGAGCCAGUGUCGGACUAGCCUUUGAACUUGCAAGACAUUGUGAAGUCAACUGGUGCCAGUGAGUAAUUUAUACUGACACACAAAAUCAUCGAGCAGUAUCAUCUGUAUCUGUCGAUACACCAGUUUCAUCAUCUGAAC